UUUAGGAAGGGGCGGGUCCUACGGAUGUUCACUCGGAAGCGACCUGGAAGCUGUAACCUGCUAAGCUGGAAGAACCUUGUACUGUGAGUCGGCUCUCCGUGCCCACGGGGCCGCUAGUUUUUGAUGUCAAAGAACAUUCGAGAUGGCUGCAGCAUCAGGGAAGGGAUCUAUACGAAAAGCAAAAUCAUUUACUGUAAAGACAUCGCUAAAUAACCCAUAUGCUAUCAACUGGAGUACUCUGGAAAGAGAUGAUAUGCACUUCAUAUUACAGACACUGGAAGAAAGAUUUAAACAUCUUGGACUUCAAAAGAUUGAGAAUCCAAAGAAGAAAAAACGCCCUUUUCCAAAAAGACAAACCAAAGAAAAGGUUACUACUGAUAAUGAUGAAGUUCUGAAGAAAAAAGAAACAGAAAUUAGCCAGAAAGUACCAGGAUGGACUCCGAUACAUAUCAGGAAACAACUUGCUAUUGGGAUUAAUGAAGUUACCAGAGCUCUAGAGAAAAAUGAACUUCUUUUAGUGCUAGUGUGCAAAUCUGUCAAACCUGCUAUGAUGACCUCCCAUCUGAUUCAGUUGAGUGUGAGCAGGGCUGUACCAGCUUGCCAGGUUCCUAGACUUAGUGAAAGCAUUGCACCUGUUAUUGGUUUAAAAUGUGUUCUAGCUCUGGGUUUCAAAAAGAACACUGAAGCUUUUGUUGAGGAACUAAAAGCUAUAAUUCCCAGGGUACCUAGGUUAGAUGUGCCAUGGCUUCAAAACAGAACUAAAGAUUACUUGGAAGAUACAGAAAAUGAAACUUUGGAAAUGCAAGAUGCUAGUAUUUUAGAAACCUCCUUUGAAGACCUUACUAAAAAUAAGCGAAAGCUUGUUGAAUGUCAGCAAGAUGCUUCUGCUGUAACUUUACAGCCCCUAAAAAUAAAGAAACUGAUUCCAAAUCCCAAUAAGAUUAGGAAACCACCAAAAAGUAAAAAAACUACUUUAAAAUAACAUGUGAAACAUAACUUGUAAAACAUUUUUUCAUAAUUAAAACUAAUAAAAAUGAAUUACAUGUGUCCUUGCCAUGUUGCUUGUUAAAAUGUUCCAUGUUAAAAAAAAAUAACUUUAGGGCAUGACCAUGUCUAGGUUUAAAUCAAUAUUUAAAUGUAUCAGUUAUUAAAAAACCUGAGUAUAAAAACAAAUUUUAAAUAAAUGUUCAAAACUAAUAUAAAUUUAAGAGGCCAGUAAAAUGCUGGUUUGUGAGAACAUCUGUGUUUCCUCAUACUUAGGAACCUAUGAAAAUCAUUCUGCCACCACAGACAUUGUUCUUAUUCAUAGUGCAUAUGAAAUUGGAUUAUAGCUGCAUUAUUCUUAUCCAAUAUGUUCAGCCAAAACAAAACUGGACUACAAAUAGUCUUCUGGAAACAAUCCACUUAGUUUUGAAAUUUGGGGUAUCAAUUUGUAUUGAACUUAACUGGUAAAUCAUUUGUAAUAAUUCA